CUUCUUUCAUCUUUUUCCGUUUUCUUUUUGUUCAUUGAAUUUCCAACCAAAAAAGUCUGCACGCGAUUUUUCAGUUCAAUAGAAAAGAAAAUUAUCAAUUUCAAUUUUAACUCCAAAAACACAUAAAUAAACCUAACAAUUUUCUCCAUAAUACUCAACAACAUCACUUAAUUUCCUCAUUAUUCAACUCCAAUUAAUUGAAGUUGCUAAAAAUUAUCCCUUCCUACGAUCUCCACUAAAAAAAAAGCAAGAAGCAAAAAGGCAGCGAGCGAAUAAAAAGAAGAGAACCAAGACGAGAACAAAUUUAAAAAGAAAAGAAAAAAAGGAACCAACAACCCAAACCCAACCAACCAACCAAGAGAAGAAGAAAAGGCAGCAAAAUCAGCCGACCUCAACUCAACUGCACCAAGCACCACCACUGGUACUACUACUACUGGUACUGGGGCUCAGCAGAAGCAGAAGCAGCAGCAGUAGCACACCAGAUAAGCAAAAAUACUAAGAAAUCGAAAGAAUACUCAAAAAAUUCCACACCUUUAACGUGGAAUUUGGUUAAUUUUUGUAUCGUUGUCGCAAAAUUUGAUUUUUACGUCGAAAAAUAAAAUUUGAAUAUUGAAACGAAAGGAAAAACAAAUCGCUGCGAAAAGAAUUGACGGAACAAAAAUACCAACAGGAGUAUUCUAAUCCAACAAAAUGGACGACGAUCUGACGGUGGAGGUCUGCGGCGAGAAUGAUGCCUACUACAAGGGAAUCGUAACAGAUGUAUUCGAGGAUGGAGUAAUGGUCAGUUUGGAUGAAUGUCAAGAAGAACAAAAAUUUCCUUUCUCGCAAGUUCGUUUCCCGCCCGAUGAUAAUGAACAACCAGCUGUUUAUGAAGAAGGAAUGGAGGUUGAAGUGUUCACACGAUCUCUUGAACGUCAAACAUGUGGAUGGUGGACUGCUAUUAUAAAACUUCUUAAGGCUGAAUUUUGUGCUGUCUGUUAUGUAGGCUUCGAACAUCAAUAUACGGAAAUUGUUGAACUGAAGCGACUUAGAGUGAAAAAUCCUAAUCCUCCUAUUGGGCCUAAGACUUUUCAUAAAUUUGAAAUUAAUGUGCCUGCAGAGUUGCAAGAAGAGGCCAAGGAAGAAGGCAUUCAUAGAGAGUUUCAAAGAUCAAUAGGAGCUGGAAUUUGUCGUUAUAAUCCUGAACGUGGGAUAUUAACAGUAAUUUCAAAAUGUGAUUUUUCACAAAAAAGAGCGACCAUGUUGCAAGAUAUGCAUUUUCGAAAUUUAUCUCAAAAGGUCAUUCUUUUGAAACGAACGGAGGAAGCUGUUCGUCAGCUUGAAUCAACAAAACUAAAUAGUCGUGGGGCCACGCCGCUCUUAUCUACUUCUAGAUUCACAGAUGAAUUUCACGUACGCGAUGACCUUAUGGGUCUAGCUAUUGGAUCGCACGGUAGUAAUAUUCAAGCUGCACGUCUUUUAGAAGGCGUUACAAAUAUUGAACUUGAAGAGAAAAGUUGCACAUUUAAAAUUACCGGCGAAACAGAGGAUUCUGUGCGUCGUGCCAGAUCAAUGCUGGAAUAUGCAGAGGAAUUUUUUCAAGUUCCCCGUGAAUUGGUCGGCAAGGUUAUUGGUAAAAAUGGACGUAUUAUUCAGGAAAUUGUCGAUAAAAGUGGCGUGUUUCGAAUCAAGUCGGAGAUAUUUGGUUUUCAGAUCGCAGGCGAUAACGAACAGGAUCAAAACAUACCACGAGAACAUGGACACGUACCGUUUGUAUUUAUUGGAACCGUUGAAAGUAUUUCGAAUGCUAAAGUACUAUUAGAAUACCACUUGGCUCAUUUAAAAGAAGUGGAACAAUUACGUCAAGAAAAAUUAGAAAUCGAUCAACAACUGCGAGCCAUACAAGAAACGAGCAUGGGUUCUAUGCAAAAUUUCCCUGUAAAUCGAAGAUCUGAACGAGGUUACAGUAGUGAUAUUGAGUCGGUGCGGUCGGGGAGAGGUGGUGGGUCGAGAGGGCGUGGCCGUGGUCGAGGCCGAGGUGGAGGCGGUGGAGUUGGCGGCAAUCAACGUUACCAUCAAGGUCGACGAGACGAUGAUGAUUACGUCCGGAAUGAUCACCCAAGAGAGAGAUACUCUGAUCGAAGUGGUGGCGGUGGCUAUCGGGGCAAUGAUAGGCGUGGAAAUCGACGACCUAAUCGGAAUGAACCUAAUGGCAGGGAACCAUAUAACAACCAUGAGGACAUUCGGGAAAAUCGUGAGCUUAGCAGCGUUGAAAGAGCGGAAAGCCAUUCAUCGAAUGAAGGCAGCACGCGAAGGCGACGAAGGCAAAGGAGCACAGCUCCAAGCACUAAUAAUACAAAUGGUGGCGUAGCAAAUAAUAAACCGCAAAAGAAUCAAAAUAUUGAUAAAACUGCUACAUCAUUAGAAAGAUCAAAACAGCAGGUGCCUCCACCACCACAACAGCAGCAGCAACAACAACAACAACAGCAGCAGCAACAGAUAAAUGCUCCUAAUAAAGAUGCUAUUGUGGUCAACAGUGUUCCGAAUAAAAACGAUAAAAUCCAACAACACCAGCAGCCCCAACAACAACAACCAUUGCAGCAACCGCCAAUACCACAACAGCAUCAGCAUCAAGCUCCAAAAGGUCGCCGCAAUAAAAACAACCGAAACAAUCCCGAUAAUAUUGAACUAAAGAAGGAAGCUUUGGUUAAUGGAACAUCCUAAUUUAUUUACAAAACAAAAAACAAAAAAAAAUAAACUAUUCAGAGAACAAUUAAAAUAACUGAGUCCAUUAUUAUUCAUAUUAAAAAAUAUAAGCUAUUAUUUUAAAAAUAGAAGAGAAGGGAAAACACUGUUGAAAUAUAAUACACACAAAAAGAAACUAUAAACUUAGUUCCGAUACAACAAGAAACAAAACAAAAACAAAACACAACCAUUUAAAAUUAGUUGAUGUUUAUUAAGGAUCCGGUGUUUUAAAAAUGAUAAUAAAAACAAGAACUCCCAAAACUCACACUCCCAAAAACACACAUUUUUUAGGAGCGUAUCUCAAAACUAUGCAUAUUCAAAUGCAAAUCCAUUAAUUCAUUGGCGUCGUCGUAAUCUUCGACGCCGCCGCCGUCUUCGUUAACAUAACAUCGUCAUCGCCUUCGGUCUACAUUGCCACAAUAUAAUUCUUCACCACUCGUCAUCAAAAUAAUAAAUUCACCUCCAUGUCAAUGAGCCAAUCGAACGACAUUAAUAAUUAUAUAAAUAGUAAUAAUAUUAAAAUUAACAAAAGAAAAAGAAAAAUCCAAAAAAAAAAAAUUACUUCUACAUACAAUCAAUUCAGCAGCAAACGAUUUUCGAUUUUCUAAAAAUUUAAAACAAAAACGUUUGCUUUAACGAUUUUCAUUUUUUAUAUAAAUAAAUAUAUAUAUAUAUUUAAAUGUAUAUGAUGUUAGAAAGAAAGAGUAAAACAAAAAGUAUUUAAAAAAUGAAAAUAUAUUAAAUAUUUUAAAAUAAAUUUCACCCCCACAUACAUCAAUAAUAUCUUAUUGGAUGCGUUUCGCUGCCAAAAAACAUACAAACAAAAGAAAAUAAAAUAAUUAAACUUAGCUAUUCAACGAAAACUUAACAUUUAUCAAGCCUUAGUUAAGUUUGUUACCAUUUUCUUUUUUUUAUUCGCUAUAUUUCGUUUCAUCACAUAAAAAACAGCUUUAACAUUUUUCUUCUCGGACUUGGUGUGAAUAUCGCUUGCAUCGUUCUCAUAUCAUUAUUUCCUUAAUUCUUUUUAGUUGUGAUUAUUAAAAAACAUAAACGAUCGCUUUUCAUUGAAUCACAUCCUUAAACGUAUUCUUGUCUCACCAUUUACACUGGUCGGAGCAGAUACUCUCUUCUUUUAAUUAUUUUUUUUAGUUAAUAACAAAUAUAUAUAUAUUACGUUAUAUUAAAGAAAAAUAAAUAUAUAAUUUUAAAUCAAAACAGCCUCCUUGCGAUU